AUGUCCUCACCAAAUAUCAACAAUUUAAACUUCAACUUACUACUUGAUGAGAUUGAAUCGGGUAGCAGUGGUUCGUUGGCAAAUGUUAUUCGCAAGCUACGAGAGAGUGAAUUGGCAGCUUUCAAAGCUCGUAUAGGAGGCCCAACAGGUGAACUGCUAGCCAAUUUCAUAGCAUCCCUUGAUCUGCGCGCAUCAGAGCAUAAUGCGGAAAUAGAAAAGACCUGCAGCUAUCACUACCAAAGUUUUGUUGAUUCCACACGUGAGUUACUUGAUAUCCAACAAAAUGCAGAAAAGCUCGAAAACGAUUUACAAGCACUAAAUGUGGAGCUGGAAGUAACAGUUAAUAAGUUUAGUGAAUCGUGUGAUAAAUUAGCCGCCUGUAAACUCACUUUGGAUCAUGUUAAUCAAUGUAUUGAGGCAAUUCAAAUCAGUCUUCCGAUAUUAGAACAAUAUUCUCGCAUUGAACAAAGUAUUGCUGACGGAAGGUACUAUCAUGCCUUGAAAAAUCUUGAAGACUUAGAGCAUUCUCAACUGGAUCUAAUUCGCCCGUUCGCCUUUUCUGAAAUCAUCAUUCAUCGCAUACCGAAAACAAGAACGAGAAUCAAGAAUGCAAGUCUUGAUGAAUUAACUGAUUUUCUUGAAUACAUACGGAAAAAUUCAAUAGUCCUUGGUGCAUUUGCUAUGCGAGAAGCAGCACAAUUAUCUGGAAUAGAUAGUGAAGCACUUUGCGAUACCUUAGUAGUUAAUGGAUACAAAGAAACACAGGAUGUAAGCAAAAAAUCAAAUAAAGAGUCACAACAACAAGUGACGUCAAAAUCGAUAGUUCAUAAAGUAUCUGUUAAUACAAAUACUGAUAGUUUAGAUAAUGAAUUAGAAAUGUUAACUCAAAUUGUUGCAAAUACAAGUCGUUCAUGCAAUACUAAUGAUGAUCAUGGUGAAACAGAAAUAACAAUAAAAACUCAAAUAAAUGUUAAUGAUAAUGAUAAAAGUUGUAAUCGAACAUAUUCAAAAGUGGAGGAUUUAGUCGAUUUCGGACCAGUGUAUCGAUGUCUGCAUAUUCAUUCUGUAUUGAAUGAACGAGCGGAAUUUGAACGACAUUAUUGUACUCAACGACGAAAACAGUGUCAAUUAAUUUUAAGUUUAUCACCAAAUCAACAAGUUGAAAUGCGUAAUUAUGGUGAAUUUUUCAGUGGAAUUUGUGGAUUUUUUGUAGUUGAUGAUUUUAUUCGUCAUACAUUAUCUGGUUCAUCAGUAUUUUAUCAAACAUAUUUAGAUGAAUUAUGGGUACAUACAGUGAAUCGUUUAAUAGAUUUUGUACAUAUUAAUGCAAAAUCAUGUGAUUCACCAAAUGAUUUAAUUAAAUUAAAAGAUUAUUUAAUUAUUUUUGAAAGAACUAUGCAAAAUUUAGGCUUCCCAAUAACUGGUUUAAAUGAAACAAUUGGUAUUGUUCAACGAUACUAUCAUAGACUAUUAGCUAGUCAAUGGAAGUCUAAAUUUGAAGCAAUAAUUGCUGUAGAUAACUAUGAAACAAUUAAAAUAUCAAAUUCGGAACAGUUAGCUGAAUUCCUUGAAAUGUAUCCACCAGGAGAUACAGUCGAAUUUUCUGAACUUCCAUUUCCUAAACAGUUGUGCUUUUCAUGGAUGGUGCCUAAAAUUUAUCGAACUGUUCGUGAAUACAUCAAUUUGUGUUAUCGGUUCUGUGAAAAUAUGGAUUUAGCUUAUACAGAACUGGAGGAUACAAUUAAUCGUGCUACAAAUUUCCUAUUCAGUCAAUGUUUAAAUACAGUUUUAACUUCGGGCGUUCGUUCAUUUUUACGUCAAUUACCCAGGCUUACGCAAUUUUGUAUAAAUUUGGAUGAGUUAGAAACAGUUUGUGGGCAUUUGGAUAACUAUCUUCAAUACACCUUGCUAGAUGAGGCUUCAAGUAUAACCAGUGGUCGUUUAAAAGAUUUUGCAUUGAUUAGGGAUAAUCAACGUGAAGAUUCAGAUAUGACUGCAUCAGUUACUCUGAACUCUGGAGCUAAUCCACCACGUAGCCGAUUACAAGGUGCAUCACUACUUAAAGAUAUACGUGUGUUGGUUGAAGAUCAAAUUUGUAAUCAUUUAAAGGAUAGUGUUACGAAAUUUAUUAAUUUAAGUAACUAUGAUGAUGUCGAUGAUAAUAAUAGUGGUCAAAUUAACAGUAAUAUCAAUAAAAAUGAUCAAACUGUUGAUGGACGUAAUGGUGUAAGUUAUACAGCUAAUACAAAAAUCAAACCAACUGAAAAUAUUGUUCAUUUAACAUCGUGGUUAAAAUCAGUGUUCGAUUCAUUUUCAAAUCUUCCUCCGAAAAUUGCUCAAACUGCUUGUAUGUCAGUCUGUAAACAUAUUGCCCGUUUAUUGUAUGAUGUUUUAUUUGGUUCUCAAGUGCGUUCUCUUUCUGAAACAGGUCUUCAACAAUUAAGUAUUGAUUUAUCUUUGUGUGAAUCAUUUGCACGUUCACAACCUGUUCCAGGCCUAGAUCGUACUACUCUUUGGUUAAUUUUUGCUGAUUUAAGACAGUUAUUGGAUUUAUAUCACAAAGAUGAUUGGGCUUCAUACAUUGCAUUUCGUAAAAAUGUUAUUGGAUCGGGAAAAUAUGGCAGUGCUUAUGAUCGUGUCCCACCAAGUGUAGCAAUUAAACUACUAGAACGUCUACGUGAUUCCGACAAAAAACGUACAGGAUUCCUUCAAGCAAUGCGUAAAGAGGAACGUGGUCGAAAAAAGAAACUAGAGGAUAUAAUUCGUCAACUACGUGAAUUAAAUGUUACACCUCGAAAUAAUUAA